AUGGAUCGCAUGCCACAUGUCGUCAGUGCGAAAGUGAACGCCUCGUUCCCAAUCAAGGGAGAAAGCACCAGUCACGGUCGCACUUCGUAUCCGCCUCCAGCUCCCCGAGUCUGUCGUGAUGCCACGCGUGACAAGAACAUCUUCCGGUGCACGUUCCCAGGCUGUGGGCGCGAGUUCCAGCUCAAAGGGAACCUCAAGCGGCACGUCAACAUCCACAAGGGCGACAAGAAGUUCGCCUGCAAGUUCUGCAACAAGAAAUUCCUGCGCAAAGCAGACAUGGAAGUGCACUAUCGAGUCCACACGGGGGAGAAGCCGUACCGCUGUAAAUACCAAGUGUGUGGCAAAUGCUUUGCCCGGCGAUCCGAUCUACUGAGCCAUGAGCGCACGCACACAGGCAGAAAGCCCUAUGCAUGCGCUUUUCCUGGCUGUGAUCGCAGUUUCGCUCGCAAGUUUGAUCUCCACAAGCACCAGCGACUUCACGACGACCAAGCCAGUGGCGCUCCUGGGAAAGCCAAGACCAAGAAGCGCAAAUUGUCGCCGUGUCAAGCUGAUGCUUCGGCCCGUGACAAGCGGUGCGACUGUCCAAGCGACGUGGCGACGCCGUUCGUGGGCGGCGCUACAUCCACGAGUGCAGCGCUGUCAGCCGAUGUGCUGGUAGCUGAAGCAUCAGCAGCUAUGAAGAUGCCCAUCUCGACCACAGGCACGUUUCUUGCAGGCCGCCGCAAAACACUAGCUACUACAGUGUGCUUGGAUACGCCGACGAGACCGCUGCGCUACGAACUCAAGUGCCCAGAGAACCACAUCCACUCGCCACCAGCGUGUUUGGCUGCGCUAUCUUCGUUGGAUGCGUUCUUGUUGUCACAGGAGACGCUAGAUCUCUCACGUCCGUACUCGCUCGACGCGUUCUCAUCGCACUGUCCUUCAACAACGAUCGGAACGAGUUGCUGUCCCGCGCAUCUCGAGCUGAGGCCUCCUCGACCGGAAGGCACUCGAGCCUCUGCUGGAUCAAAGAUGGUCCAUGCACCGACUGUGGUGGACCCGCUGUUCACAGCGACAUUUUCGUCGGGGGCGGCAGCUUCAGCCGACAGCAGCGCGUUCGCAUCUGAUGAUGCACCAGCCGUGAAUACGAAUGCGGCAAAUGGAAUCGCGUACACGAACGCAUCUCUGACCGAUUUGACGCUGUGUCGAUCGCUUGGUAACUCGUCAGUGGAUCACGCAGACUCAGAAACGAGUUUGUCUUUCCUCGCGUCGAACGCCGACGAGUCGAUCAUGAAUCCGAACAAACUGCUAUCCAGCUCGCCUCCUGACGUAGCCCCAAGUGGUAUCUCGUCGCUGUCCAGUACUCGAGCGACCUCGCAAGCGACUUUCGCUAACUUUGGGGACAAUGGUUUACUUGACCGGAGCACGAGCUCUGCGGACACUCAGGCCGACGCUGCUCGCCCUGCCGCAUCUGUCGCACCAGUCAAAACUGCUUCCGACAAGACAUGCUUGUCAAUGCCAAUGUCUUCUUUGCUGGACUAUUCACGGCACAACCGGACGUGUGGCCAUUUAUCCAUUCAACACGGGAACCACCGCGACUAUGUGGUGCAAAACCACCUCGUUUGUCAAGACAGCGUGAAGAGACUCGGCGUGAUGCCGCGAGCUUCUGCGAAUACUGAGACCAAUGCAGCAGCCACCAAUUCAGUCAAGUGCACGUUGCCCAAGGACACCCAUCGACCUGGUUGCGGCCACCUUCCCGUACGUCACAAUGACCACAUCGACUACGUCGUUGAGGACAACUUGAUUUGUCAGCAGGCGAGCUGGCUUGAGGACGACAAUCUUGAGCUGCUUGGCGACGACUUCUGGGACUUCUAUGGGGCGCUGGACGCCUUCCCGACCAAUUGA